CGAAAUCCACAGCUGAGGCCCGAUACAGUGAACAUGAAAUUCCCGCUAGACUUGAGUAAUGAACGCUCUACCGGAAACGGCGCCGAAGAGCAGGAAGACAACUCAAUGUACACCAUGAGGAUAGUGGCUCCCGGAACUGGGGUAGACGGCAACGAAGAGCCAAUAGUCGACAUCAUCGGAAUGCAAGGGCUCGGGGCCGAUCCUGAUACCACAUGGCUUUCGAAUGGAGUGCACUGGCUGCGAGACCUACUUCCACAAGAUGCGCCUCGGGCGCGUAUAAUGGCCUGGGGGGAUGACACCAAGUUCUUCAGCAAAGCACCCAAUGCAAAAAUGGAAGACUACGCAAGAAGAGCAAUUUUGGGGACUUUUUGCAAAAGGCGAACGAAGCAAGAACGUAGGAGACCAAUCAUAUUUAUCGGGCACUCCUUCGGGGGAAUCAUCACCAAGCAUGCAUUAAUCGAAUCAGCUGAUGAUUCGUGGUAUAAGAACAUCACCGACUGCACCGUCGGAAUCAUUUACCUAGGGGUACCGCACUACGGACUUGCGAUCCUGCCGUUUGUGGCUGGAACAUUUGCUAGAAUUUUAAACGUCUUCACCAGGUCGACUCCAGAUGGUUUAUUCCGAAUUUUGACAAAAAACUCGUCGAAACUGCUUGAUCUUGAAAAAACCUUUGCCAGCAAGGUUCCAGCCUGCAAGACCACCUGUUUUUACGAAACGAGGAUAUCAAAGUACAAAGUACUCAUUGUUCCGAAGGAAUCGGCAGUGCUGAAAGGUCAAGAGGGUAUUGCAUUGGAUGUGAAUCACUCGGGCUUGAACAAGUAUGGAUCCAGAGAUGAUCCGAGCUAUGCGGCUGUCCGUGAUGUCAUCUUAGGAUGGAUACAAAGCCUACCGCCACUCAUAAUAGCGGCAGCUGAGAAAGCGACUGAUGCCGAUGAGGCAUCUAAAAUUCGGCCGGAUACUAACGAUGAUCUGAGUGAGCAGGAGGACAAAGGCAUACAAUGGGAAAGUGUUGCUCUCGAUGAGGCCCCGGAGUCAUUUUGUGUCCCUAACGACACGCCGGCGUAUCGUUGCAGCCCAUUCAUGGGUAGGGAACAAGAUAUCCAGCGAUUACACGACUUGAUUAAAGACUGUGAUGGAGAGCCCCACGAAAAUGUUUAUCCGUAUCAGGUUUUUGUGAACUUGGAUACCAAAAAUCUGUUUUACGAGUUCAUAUACUGGAUGCUCGGACUUUCUACGGGUUGGGAGUGGGAAUUCCGCGUCGAUAUCGCGGAGCGUUGGAUGAAGAACGAACACGGGGAGAGAAAGGGGAACUUACUUCUGAUACUGGACGGAGUUCCCGAAACAAUGCGGCAGCUUGUCGCUCAAUUCCCUCUGGGUAUAAGGGAGAGUCAAAUCUUGAUGCUCACCUCGGACAGAGUAGGGGAUGUGCGCGAGAAGUUCAAUAUCACCAGAUGUUUGGAAGUGGGACCUUUGGAGAAUGAGUCGGCAUUGGCGAUAUGGUCCGACUUGGUGGGCAAAGAGAUCACUGGUGCAGAACUUCAAAGCGCCAACAGGAUGCUCAAAAUUUUGGACAAAAACACAGAGGCAAUCGUUCCAACUGCCGAGUAUAUGACGAAACAUCAACUCGGCUUUCAAGAAUUUGAGAACCAAAUCAGUCCGGACGGUUUAGAUUCCUCGAAAUCUGAACCUGGGGACGGUGAUAACGCUCUGUCGGCGGCGAUACUUCUGGUCCUCGGGCGGCUAUCUCUACAGAGUGGAGACCUGCUCAACAUCUUAUCUUUCUUUAAUCCCAACUACAUCCCGGUUGAUAUGCUUCACAACGGUGCGGUUCGAGCCUUUACCGUCACAUGCUCAGGACAGGAUGGACGGCCAUUAGAUCCAUGGCAUACGCCGAUAAAGGAACUUUUCGAAGUUCUCAAAAUGCCUACCGAUCUUCAUCGGGCUCUCGGGAAGCUUCAAUCACUCUCGGUGAUUGAGAAACCGUUAUGCGAAGGCGAUACUGUGCCUUUCAUCCGCUUUCAUCCACUCUGCGGAAUACCCUCAUCCUCCUGGUUAUACCCCGAUGAGCUUCCCUACUGGAUCGAAGCCGCUGCAACCAUUGUUCUCGGGGCAUUGGAGAAAGGGCUAGAGGAAGCGGGUGGCAAAAUCUGCGCACGAAGCUACAGGCUACGACCGCAUGUGCUCUCUGUUUUGAAACACAUGAAAACUGAUCCUAUACGCGAAUACCAACCGUUCUUCUCGCAUAUUCUCGCUGAACUGGGUGCUUUUCUGCGGAGCUUCUGCGAUUACUCGGAGGCUCUUGACAUGUUUCAACUCGCGGCUUUUGCCAGUACGAACGAUCGCAAUAUAGGUCCCAACGAUCCAUACACACUGCACCUUCAAGAGCAACAUGCAAACCUAUGUGUAAACCUAGGCCAGUACGAAACCGCAGUAACGAUACACAGCGAGGUCCUCCAGAAGCGAAAGAAAUUGCUGGGCUGUUUUCAUCCGGACACAAUCCGCGCCUACUGCAAUAUCGCGACGCUAUCGGCUGCCCGCGGAAGGUACGAGGAAUCGGCGAAGUCGUUCAGGUGGGCCGAACUUCUGAUGAGAUGUCUGUCGAUGAAACGGAUGUGUCCGAGACCAUUCGAGCUUUCUUACAUCCCGGAGGGCCUUGCACUCGCCUUGUGGAGGCUGGGUCAGGAUCGAAAGGCCCAACGGUUACUCGAAGGAGCCCUCAGAGCGGAGAACAUCUGCCAUCAGAUACUCCAACAGGCCGAGAAGAGAUACGGUGACGAGCACUCAGAAACAAUGCUUUUGAAGCUACAUCUUGCGAAUGUCUUGGUCGACCAGAGCAAAAUCACGGAUGCUAGGGAGAUCGUGUCUUCCUCGAAAAGAUCACUCGAGACGUACCAGGGCUCUUUCGAUCCCACCAUGCUCCUCGCAAAGGAACGUCUGGCGGAUGCAUUGGAAAAACUCGGCGAUACUGAAGAGGCUGGAACAUACUACGAGAAGAUCUACCAGGAAAGGAAGACGCAUUUCGGACCAGCCGAUCACACCACAUUGCGCGCGUUGGAGGGAAGUGCUAGAGUCAAGGGAAGCCUAGGAUUGGUCGAUGAAGGACGAGAUUUGUUUGUUCGUGUUAUCCAAGGGAGCACCGAUACGCUUGGAAGGACACAUCCCCGGACGUUGGAGAGCUUGCAGACGUACGGGGAGUUUCUAGUGCAAAGUGGAGCGAAAGAGGAGGCAUCGACAGUAUUUACUGAAGUACUAUCAGUACGGAAGAAGAAACUCCGGAAAGGUCACCCAGACACGCUCAGAACGAUGCAACACCUAGCCAACUGCACCACACAACUUCAUGGCUCGACGAAGAGGCGCACAACGCUCUUGUCCGCCGAGGUUUCCGAGUAGCACGCCAGCUGUGAAAAUUCCCCUAUCUUUCAAACCAGGCCAUCAUUACCAUGGGUCCUAUAAUUAGAGCACACGAUGUUGGGUGCUAUGAGCAAUACAGGUCUCCUACGAGCUCUCGAUCUGUAGCAAGCGGUGGUGGAUCUAGCUGUAAUAUUUAUGUAUGAAAGUGUUGGAAUAUAUACCUAGGUAGACAGAUGAUGAUAUUCUAUUCGAUACAGAAAGAAGAA